AUGGAUGGCUGGGUUUGGCUCAUUUUCACUCUGGUUACCCCACCUACCACCACUGCCCUGAAAUGUGAUAAUGGAGGGGAAAUCUUAAACGGUGUCUGCCUCUGUCCUGAUGAAUGGACUGGAGAGACAUGCUCAGAAGUAAAUUUCUGUGCAGCCCAACGAUUUGAAGGAUUCAGGUUCCCCCGUACACCCAUUGGUUGGUUUGCAUAUUCUGAUGAAAUAUGUGAAGUGGGAACAAGUGGCGCUGGAAAACCUCAGGCUUCAACCAGAUGCUUGUUCAUGAGCGAAUCACCAGGUUUCAACACUCUAUAUAUCUUCCAGUGUAACCUGACACUCAGUGAUAUACAACAAAAUCUGACCAGUCCAGCUGAUUUAGAGAUGCUGGCAACCAGCACUCAGAUUCUGACAUCCAACCCAGAAGAGCUGACGGCCGAAAAUGUUACAGCAGCGGCUGAGAUCGCCAACACACUGCUGCUGUCUGCAAACGCCACAGAGAGUGUCAGAGUGGCAGCAGUAGCAACGGUCAGUCAGCUGCUGCACACCACUGUAUCAGAUGACACAGAGGAAAACAACACAACUCUGGGGCUGACGGUGACUCUGGACCAGCUCUCAGUGAACCUCAGCCUCAGUCUCAAUGCAUCUCAAUCUCAGGUGGUUCAGCCAAACCUGGUGGUCCAGUCGGCACAGAUUUCUGCUGCACACACUCAGGGAGUCCAGUUCACUUCUCUCAGAGGGACAUCUGGCAGUUUUGUAGCUGAGAGAAUUCAGCUGAACACAAACGCAACACAGGUUGUGGUGGAAAACGGUUUCAUAGCUGAUGCCCUCAUUUAUGUACGAUUCCCUCAAGGCAAAGGUGUCAGAAGUCGUCAGACAGACUCAAACGUCUCUCUGGGUUUCGUUCUCUAUCAGAACGAUCGUUUCUUCCAUUCAAAACUCUACAUGAGGCGACGGGCCACCAUCAGGGUCCUGUCAGCCAGCGUCAGUGGGCAGGAACCCAACAUGGUGCCACAACAUGUGGAGAUGAUGUUCAGCCCAAGAAACAUCAGUGGGAUGUCUCUGUACGACUUCUCUUGUGUUUUCUGGAACUACAGUCAGAAGGACUGGAGCACCAGUGGCUGCUCUAAAGGAAACACUUCAGAUGGACUCAUGAGAUGUUUCUGUAACCACACCACCAACUUUGCUGCUCUCUGGUCAUACAGAGAGAACUACGAGUAUGCGAAAGCUCUGGAUGUGAGCUCCAACGUGGGACUUUCUCUUUCUAUUCUGGGUCUGGUUGUGACGAUCAUUUAUCACAUUAAAGAAAACUUCUUCAGGAAGUCUCAUGGGCAGCCAAGUAACUUGAAUUCAAAGCUGGCUCUGCUGUGCAUCUACCUCAGCCUGCUGGCCUUCAUCAUCACCUUCCUCUCUGGAGUCCAAAACUCUACCAGACAGAACGACACUAAGGUGCAGGGUGAUGAUCGAACCAACAACAUCCUGAACUCUGAUGAACACAUAGAACCAGACCGCGGCUCGUGUACGGCUGUAGCAGCUCUGCUGCACUUCCUCCUGAUGGCCACCUUCAUGUGGAACAGUGUAUACAGCACUCAACUGGUGCUGCUGGUCCGGUCAAUGCGCCGCAGCCUGCCAACACACUGGACUCCACUAAGUGUGACUCUGGGAUGGGGAAUGCCAGCGUGUUUCAUGGUCAUCACACUGGGGGUGAGCUACAGGGUGGACAAUCCGCUGGGUUACAGACAAGAGGAAUUUUGUUGGCUGGCAGCAUUGGAUAAGAACAAACAUUUCAACUUUAGAAAACCGAUGUUUUGGGCUUUCCUUCUUCCUAUUGGCCUGAUCCUGAUUUACAACAUCGUCCUGUUGGUUCUUACCUCCAUGACUACAUGCAAAGUUGAACCCAGACUGACCAGCAACAAGAAGUCAUCUUUAAGCAGGAAGUUCCUCAUCAGUUUAUCUCUGGCGGUGUUACUCGGUCUGUCCUGGACUCUGGGAUAUUUCGUGCUGCUCAGUUCAGAAAAAACACACCUGAUCUUCAGCAUUUUGUUCUGCAUCUGUACAGCCACACAGGGUUUACAAAUUUUCCUCCUCUUCACAGCUCGAACACGGGCCUUCAGAGCCUCCAUGUCAUGGUCCAUGCAGUACAUUUCAUCAAUCAACAUCCCUCUGAACAACAAAAAGUACAAUCUGUGGAAGAAGUGGAAUACCUGGAAUAUGAGCCAAUCGGAGACCUACAGGGAUCUGAGUGACAUCGAAAUGACCACCAGCAAAACCCUAGCAAUCGUGGAGAAGAUGGACCUGGUAGGGAAAACCUCCCCUGUGCAGGCCAAACGAAAAUGGGUGAAUCUAAAAAGGAAAUACAAUGAGUGCAAGUAUCCAGCGACAGGCAAUGGUGCAAGUGGGAAGCCCACUGCUGCAACAUGGCCCUGGUUUGGACCCAUGGAUGAGGUGUUAGGACAGAGGCCCUCUACCAGGCCUCCAGUCCUAAUUUCCUCCAUCCAGGAGGACACACCAGGCCCCAGUGAAGUAGUGGGCAACCCACUUCCUCACCAGGAAGAGCAGGAGGAUGAGGAGCCGCUGGAGGCACGAGUGGCGAAAAGGAAGAGGGACGGGGAGGAUGAACUCAUUGCUCUAAUAAAAGAGGACAUGGCACAGCAACGUCAAAUGGAGGAACAGAGAGCCGAGAAGAUGGACAGGCUGCUAGGUGUCCUUGGGAAGCAUGUCGAGCAGAAAAAGGAAUGA